AUGGCAGGCUCAUCACUACGAAACGCCGUCCAUCGGCGCAACCACAAAGAGCGAUCCCAACCGGUCGGUCGAGCUAAACUAGGCCUACUCGAAAAACACAAAGACUAUGUCCUUCGAGCCAAAGAUCACCACAAGAAACGGGAUAUGCUCAAGAGGUUGGCUGAAAAAGCAGCUAUGCGUAACAAGGAUGAGUUUUACUUUGGCAUGAUCAAUUCUUCCACUCGCAAGGGUGUACACCAGCACGCCAGACCGAGUGAGGUGCUGGACAAUGAUGUAGUAGCAUUGUUGAAGACGCAGGAUGUUGGCUAUGUAAGGGCGCAGAUCGUUGCUGAGAAGAAGAGGGUGAAGGGGCUGGUGGAAAGAAUUGCGCCCAGUAUUGCAAAUCUAGAUACGGAAUGGUUGGAUGGGAAGGAGGGGAGGAGAGAGACACUUCAGAGGGCGGGGUUGAUUGCAGCGCCAGGGAAGGGAAAUAAGGUUGGUGGUGGGAAAGAGGGGAAGAUUGGUGCACAGGGGAAGAAGACGGUUUGGCUGGACGACGCUGAUGCGAUUCGCUCCUACUCUUCCUCUUCACAUUCCGCACCAGAGAAGGAGGAGGCGGGGGAGAACUGGAUUGACGACCUCCCGUCAGACUCUUCCGAUCUCGACGACGAAGAUGAUCUUCCACCAACCUCGACCUCCCCCCCUACCUCCAAUUCCGCACUUCGAAAAGGAUCCAAACACUUAGGCUACCUAACAACAGAACUAGCAUCCCGUUACGCAAGGCUAGACCAACUUCAACUCGCCGCCGAAAAGUUGAACCUGGUUAGAGCACUAAUGACGCAUAAAGGUGGAAGAUCGAAGGUGGUCAAAGCGAAAAAGAAGGAUGAAUUGAGUGAUGCUGUGAUGAAAGGUAAGGCUAUGAGUAAUGGAUUGGCACUGCCGGGGAAUGAGGAUGAUGAUGAUGACGAUGGAGAAAGAGGGGUGCCAAAGAAGAGGGUUUACAAGUUCAGCAAGGAGAGAAAACGCUAG